AUGGAAACAAUCGCUGUAGCAGGCGGUACUGGCAAACUUGGCCUUACCAUUGCCGAAACUCUACAGGAGAACCCAGAAUACUCUAUCAUUGUUCUUUCCCGCAAGGCGCAAGACCUACCCAACUCAGCUUUGAAGGUCGUUGCAGUAGACUACUCAAGGCCCCAAGAGCUGCAGGACGUGCUUGAGAGCUAUAAGGUCAACACUAUCAUUUCUGCCCUACAGGUAAACAAUGUCGAGUCUGGAGAAGCUGAAAUCGCGCUUGUUCACGCUGCGAAUGGGUGUUCAACCACGCGCCGCUUCAUCUCAAGUGACUGGUCGAUGCCGAUCAAUGACCCUAAAUACUAUCUUCCGUACUUGCCUAUCCGACAUCAAACCAUCCAGAGGCUUCGAUCAACCGACCUCAAAUUCACAACUGUAUACAAUGGCACCAUCAUUGAUCAAGUCGGAACGCCGCACAUCCGUAGCCAUAUGGGUGUGUAUGGCAUUCAUAUCGACAUGGCUAAUCGAGCUGCAGCUAUUCCUGGCUCAGGCAACGAUGUUGUGUCAUUCACCUAUAGCUUUGACAUAGCUCGCUUUGUUGAGGCCGCGUUAGGUCUUGAGAAUUGGGAGACAGAAAUGUAUUGCUAUAGCGACAAUAUCACGCACAACGAGAUCCUCAGUAUCGCAGAAGAGACUGUUGGUCACAAAUUCAACGUCGCAUACGACCCAAUCGAGAAACUGGAGCGGGGAGAGAUGACCGAGUUGCCUAUCCAUCAAGCAAGUUACAAGCGAUUUCCUAAGCCGGCGCUUCAGCGAAGAUUUUCACUGUUUGGUCUCUAUCACGUUUAUGGAAUAUGUUACAUGCCUCAUGAAAAGAGCCUGAACAAAAUAUUCCCUCAUAUCAAGACACAUACCGUGGCAGAGUUGAUGGCUCCUUGGAAGAAUGCCUGA